AUGGAGCAAAAUUUCAUCGACCUGAAGGAGUUAAAGGUUUAUCCUAAAUCGUAUAAAAAAGCUAAAAACGUGUUUAAUAAUGAGACUGAUAAUGAAAAACAAGGGGAAAAGGUUCCUUUAACUACCCAAAAUGCAGUAAAAUACCUUUUAGAUGGAACUUUGAGGUUACGAGUAUGCAGAUACUGUUUAAAUGUUACAAGUAUGCUAUCAGAGUUAGACGAAGUCCUGGUAAUAGCAGUAAAUGGUUCUCUCCAUGAGGUCACAGUAAGAGAUAUGGUUGCCAGUUUUCAUCCUUUUAAGGUAAAUGAAGAUAAAAAUGUCCCAAAUAAAAUAUGCACAGAUUGUCUAAACCAUACAAUAGACUGUUAUUUAUUUACCCAGAAAUGUGAACAAGCUGAGCGAGCACUGCGCAAUUGCUUUGAUGAUAUUUAUGAAAAAUUUGAAAAACUUGACCCUUUAGAACCUGUAAAGAAAAGAGGGAAAAGGAAACAAAAUCCCAAUCACAAUACUCUGUAUACAGAGCACGAAAAUGUUAUAAAUUAUGCUGAACCUGUUAUAAACAUUGUUAAUGUGGAUAGUUUCCCGGUAUCAAAUACAGAGAUAAGCGACUUGGAAUGUCAGAAGUGUUGGCAAACUUUACCAAAUAUGGAGUCAUUAUUGAACCAUGAAAAGUCGCAUCCAAAAUCAAUGUGGUAUACUUGUAAAUUGUGUGGUAAAUCUUUUGUAAAAAGAUACCAUUUGAAAAAACAUAUAAAAGAAAACCAUUUAUUUGAUGAUGAUGAUGUUGAACCACCUAAUCCUGAACAGUUUAAAUGCAAUGAAUGCAGUCAGUUAAACAAUACAUUAGGCGAGCAUUUACAACAUUUAGAAAAACAUAAAUUUAAAGCUGUCUUUGAACACUUGAUUGAAAGAAAAGUUGACAAUUUGUGUUCCGUGUGCCUGGAAAAAGGAUCUCGCAUGACGAGCUUGAGUGAAGUUAUAAGCUUUUAUGGUGGAUAUCCAGAUUUGAUCGGUGAUAAACCUAUACAAAACAUUCUAAACACUACAAUACCCGAACAAAAUUUAUAUAAAUACAAGGAGUUGUUACUCCCAAAUCAAGCCACCAUUGUAAGAAUUCAGAAAAAAAGUAAACAAAAAUGCAGAUUUACUCUUAAUCAUAAUGAAAAUGGUUCCUUGCAAAGGAAAGAUUUAUCUUUUCAAUUUUCAUAUCCAAUAAUUGUUAUUGAAAAGAAAUAUUUCAUUUUAAAUGAUGAUUUUAUUUCUUAUACAUUUGCUAAACCACUUUUGGUUAAUCCGUUUCGAGAUUCUAAUGUAAUGAAAGAAGAACAAGAAGUUGUUGUCGUUAAUUCAUUAGAAAUAGAGAAUAAUACUCUUAAUAAGGAAACAAAUAUGGAUAAAACAGGCAAUGUAACAUCAGAUUAUGUGAAAAUAGAUACUACAUUUGAAACAGUUAAUAAUAAUAAUGGAAAAGUUCAAGAAAUAGUACAAUCCUGUAAAUUAUGUUGGGUUUUUAAAAAACCAACAUGUAAAGAUUGUUUAAAUGCAACAAAAUCUACAGAAGAUAAUGUUAUAAAGAAAUAUCAGACAAAUGAUUGUAAGUUCUGUUGGUUAUUUGAGAAAAGCAAGAAAUGUGAUUACUGCAAUAAAAGUAAUGAGAUAUUAAAAAUUAUCGCAAAUAGUAAUGAAAUAUGUAAAUUGUGUUGGCUUUUCGGUGAGAUUGGUAAAUGUGUUUGUAAAGUUAAUAAAGAAAAUACCUUAAAUACUGAAACUACACAUAUAAGUGAUGAUAAAUCAAAUGAAUCGAUUGAUCAAAAAUCUCAUUGGCAAUGUGACAUUUGCUUAAUUAACAAUAUAAACAGAUAUUCUUGUGUAUGUUGUGACAAGAACCAUGAUAAUAUGGAAAAAGUAAAUAUCAAUUUUGGCAAAAAAUUAUUCCAAAAUGAAUUAAAAGAGCAUUCUAUUGAAGCAAUUAAAGAAAUAAAAGAUAAUAAAAAUGAUAAAAGUAUUGUGUUAUUUCAAACUAAAUUAGAGCCUACAUAUGACCAAGAAGAGGAUAUUGGAAAUGAAAAUAAAAUAGCUAUGGAACAUAACAAAUACAAUAACUUACAUAAGACCAAUGAAGCAAAUUCAUUAAAAACUACAAUAAAUAAUCAAAAUGAAGAUAUAUCAAUGGAGAUAGAAAUAACACCUAGUAGUAAAAUUGAUGGUCAAACUGAAGAAAAUGAUGAGGAAUUGAUGGAUUUUGAAGAAAAUGAAACACAAAUUGUAAUAAAUCAAGAAAACACAGUUAAUAUUGCAAAUGAAUUUAUAAAAGGGUUCAAUUUUAAUAUAGGAAGUGGAGUUUCAUAUCAUAGAAGAGUUAAGAGACCUUUGAGAAGAAUGGCUACUCGAUUUCAGAAA